AAAUAAUACUAUUCAAAGCUUAUUCAGUAUAUAAUUAUAGCCUAAUUAUGAAGUUAGGGAUAUUUGUAUUGCUGUUAAAAUUCAUCACCUUGGCAUUGUGCCAAAACAAUGAAGAGGAAAGAAUUAAAAAUGGCGAAGAAGUUUCUGGAGGAGACUUUUCAUUUGCAGUAAAGUUACAACUUAAUAACAAACACAUUUGCAAUGGCAUACUUGUUGAUAGCAAAUGGGUGGUUACUCUGAAAAAUUGCGUUAAUAAAAAGAAAGUAUCACAGUAUAAAGUGUACAUGAGCUCUUCACAAAGCAAGGGUACAGAUGUAAUGCGCGAAGUGACGAAACUUGAGGUUCCAGACAAGAAAAAUAACGAUGUUAUAAUGUUGGAACUGAACAAGGAAGUUGAUGAAAGUAAUGAUAAAGUGACAGCUUUAGAUCGUUUCAGUACAGCGAAACUUGACAAGAAAAUGACAAAUUGCAAAGUAGUUGGCUUUACUGAAAAUGGGAAGCGUCAUAGUGAGGUAGCAGUUUCGUUAAAGUGGAACAAAUGCAAAGGAAAAGGGAAACUUUGUUUUGGUACGAAAACAGGAUCUGUUUGUAAGGUUGACAACGGAUCCCCAGUAGUCUGUAAAUAUCAGUCAAAAUGGUACCUCACGGGAUCAUCGUUCGUCAACAAAAAGUGCAGUAAUAAAAACAUCAAAGGAUUUAGACUAUCGUACUACAGCAGUGCCAUAAAGAAAGUUAUUGAGGACAACGAGGAAAAGGGAUGUGGAACCGCUCCGGAUAUUGAUAACGCAAACGUUCUUUUGUCUAAUAGAAGUACAGACAUUGGGGCUCGGGCUGACGUGAGAUGUUUCCAGGGAUACAUUUCAAACAAAACCGUUCUUAAUUGCUUAGAGUCCCGUAAAUGGGAAACAACAGAAUGUACAGCCAUAGAAUCAAAGGAUUACGUAGUUCGCCUUCCACAGGACUUUGACCCAUUACUUUAUGCUAUCGAAUUACAACCUGACAUCUACAAUAAUACGACUCCUGAUGAUUUUACUUUGAGUGGCUCUGUGACGAUAGAAAUGAAUUGUUUGAUCGACACAAGUAUUAUAACUCUAAAUAUAUAUGGGCUGUCUAUAGACGGUAAGCGCUUUAUAUGUUGUCUUAGGACACAGAAACAUUUGAGCCGCGCCAUGACAAAACCAACAUAAUGCGUUUGCGACCAGCAUGAAUCCAGACCAGCCUGCGCAUCCGCGCAGUCUGAUCAGGAUCCAUGCUGUUCGCUUACAAACCCUAUUACAAGUAGAGAAACUGAUAGCGAACAGCAUGGAUCCUGAUCAGACUGCGC